UCUCUCGAUGUAACAAAAGUUAUAUCUGUAUAUAUGUAAGUAUUUUGCGAGUUACACUUCAGUAGGUAGUAGUAAGCUGUAUAUAUCUGCUUGUAAAUCAUGCACUUUUAAAUUGAAAGCUUUCACGAUAGAAGGAAAGAAGAGAGAAAGGGAAAAAGUUUUGAGAUUUGCGUUUACAGUUAAAUGAUAUACCGGACGGACGAAGUUGGAUUUAUAUAAAUCCCAAUGAUCGUAUUUUCGUUGUUUCGAAAUCUUUUUUUUUUUUCUUUUUGGUCUUAAUCUAAAAAGAAAAAACAUUAGAUCAUUCGCUUUUUCUCUUAAUUAUGUUUCAUUUGAUACGAAAGAAUGCGAUAUUAUCAAUGGAAAGAAACAGGAAAGAUAAACAAAAUGUAUGUACAACUUGUUGACGCGCGUUCAAAGAAAGGAAGUGUCGUAUGUUCGAUUAAAACAAGAGACUGAAGGUCAUCUGAUAUCGAAAUACAAUGACAAGGUUAAUUUGAAUGUCGUUUGAUUUAGCUUUGAAAAAAAUUUAUCGUUUGACUUCGGUGGUAACGCGAUAUCAAGUAUGGCCGAAACGUCAGUCGGUGCGGAGUUUGCUCCGGUUUUACGAUGCUUGUUAUUACUGUUUUAUAACACGAAUUCUUUGGUACAAGGUGUUACAAAAUCAAACAGUUUCAAGACGAGGGAUCAAGAAAUACGUUAACACGAUUGUCAGCACAUGCUUUUUGACAGAGAAAGAAAAAAUGUCACCUAAACGUAUUAUUCUUAUGUCUUGCGGAAGUUAUAACCCUCCAACCAAUAUGCACUUACGAAUGUUUGAAAUAGCAAGAGAUCAUUUACAUCGAAUGGGUCAUCAUGUAGUGGUUGGUGGAGUUAUAUCUCCAGUUCAUGAUGCAUAUGCAAAGAAAGAACUUGCACCAGCGACCCAUAGAUGUUCUAUGCUACGUUUAGCAUUGCAGGACAGUGAUUGGAUUCGACUUUGUACUUGGGAAACAAGACAAAGCGCUUGGACUAGGACUAGAGCAUCUCUUCAAUAUCAUCAAAAUUUAUUAAAUCUAUUUUUGUUUGAUACAAACGAUGUUAGAAAUAAUGUAUCGAAAGAGGACUUAGAAUGGAUACCAGAGAAUAUUAGAAAUAGUGAGGAUCAAACGCCAAUUCAAAUCAAAUUAUUAUGCGGAGCAGAUCUUCUUGAAAGUUUUGGAAAAUCUGAUUUGUGGAUGGAGGAAGACAUAGAUACAAUAGUUGGUCAACAUGGACUCGUUGUCGUUACAAGAGAAGGCUCUAAUCCUAACAAAUUUAUAUACGAUUCGGAUAUUCUUUCAAGACAUAUGCAUAAUAUUCAUAUUGUGACGGAAUGGAUCCCAAACGAAGUCAGUUCAAGUAGAAUAAGAAGAGCAUUCAAAAGAGGUGAAAGCGUAAGGUAUCUCCUUCAGGAUUCUGUCAUUGAUUAUGUCCACAAAAAUGGAAUCUAUAACACAAAUUCUACUACUACGACAAUUAAGUUGGACCUGACCUCGCCCAAUGCGAACGAUUACUUGACCAUUGAUCCCAAGUACCAAAGCACCUUCCUCACGCCGUCGCCUAGCGACGUUACCAUGGAAUCCCCGAGCCCGAUUGAAAUUAUAAGCAUCGAUGUUCCCGAUACCGUUCUGCGUAAAAAUCUGCAGAACGCAACGAGCGCGGCCUUCGUCGCUUCCAGACAGUCGAUUGGUCUCGAGGAGGCUCGUGAGAAAUUCAUUAACGCGAUCACCGCUGAAAAUGGUAAUGCCAAGCACGUAACUUCUAGCACGAAGGCCGCGUAUCCAGGUCAAGCGAAACAGAUCAUUGCCACCGAAAGCGGUGAAUCGCAGAUCCUUGAUGAGGGUACAGCAAAACCUGCAUGCCUACUGUAAGACAGAUGAUAGUUGACUGUCUUGCUGCUCAUCCCUUGCCAAUCCGAUGUGGCCCCUGCCUUACUGCUAAAAGUACUAAUAAUGCUACUAACAAUCGCAGUAGUAAUGGCGCCAAUUGCGUUAGUAGCACGGCUAACAGCAACAUC